AUUCAUGAACCACGUGGAGUUUGUACGCCGUGGGCCGGGCGCGUUUCCAUCAUCAGCAGCAGCAGCUUCGCCCCCUCGAGUCGUCCCACUGACAGAGCCGGCCGGAGCGAUGGACAAGCUGGUGGAGUGCGUGCCCAACUUCUCGGAGGGCAGAGACCAGGAGGUGAUCGAGGCGAUCGCCGAGGCCAUCCGGCGCACGCCGGGAUGCCGGCUGUUGGACGUGGACCCCGGGGAGUCGUCGCACCGCACCGUCUAUACCUUCGUGGCACCACCCAGCGCCGCCGUGGAAGGGGCCCUCAAUGCCGCCCGCGUCGCGUUCCAGAAGAUCGACAUGCGGAGGCACCGUGGCGAGCACCCCCGGCUGGGCGCGCUGGACGUGUGCCCCUUUGUGCCGGUGCGCGGCGUCACUGUGCUGGAGUGCGUGCGCUGCGCCGAGGAGUUCUCGGAGCGGCUCGCCGAGGAGCUGCAUGUGCCCGUGUACUUGUAUGGAGAGGCAGCCAGAAAGGACGAUCGGAAGGCCCUUCCCAGCAUCCGGGCUGGAGAGUACGAGAAGCUGGGAGACAAGCUGAAGGACCCGGCCUGGGCCCCGGACUACGGCCCCGCAACGCUGGUGCCAUCGUGGGGGGCGACCGUCGCCGGCACCAGAAAGUUCCUCGUUGCAUUCAACGUCAACGUUCUGGGCACCAAGGAGCAGGCGCACCGCAUCGCGCUCAACCUGCGAGAGCAGGGCCGGGGGCCCAGCCAGCCCGGGCGUCUGCGCUGCGUACAGGCCAUAGGGUGGUACCUGGAGGAGCAAGACCUGGCCCAGGUGUCCACCAACAUCCUGGACCACGAAGUGACACCCAUGCACGAGGUCUACGAGGAGGUGUGCAAAGACGCCAAGGAGCUGUGCGUGGCGGCCGUGGGCUCCCAGGUGGUGGGUCUCGUGCCCCUGCAGGCCCUGCUCACCAGCGCCGCCUUCUACAUAAAGCGCGACCACCUCUUCGUCCUCGAAGAGGAGAACAAGAUCCGUCUGGUCGUGAACCGACUGGGGCUGGACUCAAUCUCCCCAUUCAACGCCAAGGAGAGGAUCAUAGAGUACAUGACGGGCGCGCUGGAGGGCGGUCCCCUGUCCUCGCUGCCUCUGCACCGGUUCAUCAGCAGCGUCGGGUCGCGCUCCCCCGCGCCAGGUGGCGGCUCCGUGGCGGCAGCCGUGGCUUCCAUGGGCGCGGCGCUGGGCUCCAUGGUGGGGCUCAUGACGUACGGAAAGCGGCAGUUCGAGGAGGUGGACGAGGUGGUGAGACGAGCCACGGCUCCUCUGCACGAGGCCAUGGGACUCCUCUCCCUCGCCGUGGACGCCGACGCCUGCGCCUUUAACCGCUACAUGGCGGCUCUAAAGUUACCCCGGGGCACGGAGAAGGAGCGUAAACGGCGGAACGAGGAGGUGCAGGCGGCGCUGGCCGAGGCGGUGGCGGUGCCGCUGUCCGUGGCGGAGCGCGUCGACGCCGCGUGGCCUUUCAUGCUGGAGCUGGCGGCGCACGGCAACUACGCCUGCAGAUCCGACGUGCAGGUGGGGGUCAAGGCGCUGGAGCUGGGCGUGGAGGGUGCCUACUACAACGUGCUCAUCAACCUCCCCGACAUCCACAGCGAGUCCUUUAAGACAAAGGUGAGAGAGAAGAUGGAGCGGCUGCUCGCCCGCGCUCGUGAAAAUUCCGCCCAUAUCCUGGACGUGGUGUCAAGCCGAGAGCCAUCCUCACUCGCGUGAGCGACUUGGGACGGCCAUGGUGCUCGGGCAGUGGGGGGUGGGGGGGGGGAGUCGAUCUCGGUGGUGUCAAGCAGGCAGGCUUGCACGCCGCACCUUCUUCCCUCCAGAACACAUGGGGCUUGUCAACUUCAUCACAGGAGCUCCUAGGAAGGGUUCAUUUGUUGAAAGGGUUAAAAGUCAAAUACAAUACAAUGUCACCUAUCCGACCAUCAUGUAUCCGCCCUGACCAAUUAACAGCCCACACCCAGUGCAAUAUUUGUGCGUGGUGUGACUGCCAUUUCCUAUUGAUGUUCACAAAUCUGAUCUUAUAAUAUAAUUAAGUGUUCUUACUCUUGUGUACGAGGCAUUUUCAUAUCCGAUCUGACUGUAGCUUCAUACCUAGCAAGUCGGAUAAGCAAAGUUGUACCAUACAUCAAUUAACACAGUGUUGGCGAUACGUGGGGAAAGGGGCGGUGAAUAUCGUGGGGUAGAAAUGGAAGCUUACACAAAAUAACAAGGUCCCGUAAUUACGCCGAUACACAUCACAUUUCUAUACGUACUGUCAGCUACAUGCCUGAAUACAUAUGAGAUACGAGUGAAAAAUUGUUACUGCUUCAGCAACUUAACAGGUUGAGAAUGUUUUCUGUGGAAUGUGAAGACGUCUACGCAUCCAAAAUUGUGAGUGGAGGCUAAUUGCCUUUAAUGUAGCUUUAGAUUUUAUUUUCCAUUUUCUGUGGAACUUCAUUUAGUAUGUGAUUUGGUGGCACCAGCUAUGCUGCUACAAGUAGCCACCGUGCACACAUAGCUCAAGUGUCUUGUUGUUAAUAAAAUACCGACGGAUAAGUGUCAAUGUGGCGGGGUGUGUUUGGAAACAGAUAUAAAUUGGCUUCCACAUACGUACGGAAAAUAAAAUAUUUGACAUUAGUUCAUGUGUCAAUAAAUGAUUUAUGUCCAA